CGCGAAUUCGCCCGAUAAACACCUUCCUCGCUGUCUGUGGUGCCACCGAGAGUGUUACUUCCGUUCGUUACUCUACUGGCUUCCCUUUCCGUGGGGUGGCGACGGUGAAUAUCCCAUUUGCGCUCAAACAACAAAACAGUGCGCAAGCCUUUUUACGCGAAAUGCGUUGGUUCGUGGUCGAAAGUGUGUACGAUUCGGUUCGACCCGUGACACAUGUGUUGAAACUGUUCGGAAUGUGGUCCAGUGGUUGGAGUCCUGGGCCAAGUCGGUGGAAAUGCUGGCAUUCGUGCCUGUAUGUGGCAUUUUUCAUGGCGCUGAAUGGCUACACGACAUAUGUGACACUUUGUGUGCAACAUUAUGAUUAUAUAUACCAAUCGCUGAUAAUUGGCAAGAUGGAAAUCAUUUAUGUUAUGAUUAUGUAUUUAAUCAUAAAAUAUUCGAUACUGAGCUGCUGCUUCUUGCGGGAUAAAAUAGCAAACAUGCUUGAACAGUUGCAUCAAGUGGACGUUGACUUGUUAGGUUUGAAAUCCAGAGUCAAUCAUGAGAGGAACCACUGGAAAUUGGUGUUGGCGAUUAUAGUAAUGGAAUUCAGUUCAGUUGCCUUGACAGUUGGUUCAUAUUUUUAUUAUGAAGAAACGAUACCUGGUUUUAAUUACACAGUGCAGACAUAUCUGAGUUACUUGUUGCCAUUGAAUUUUUAUAUCUUGAAUUGGGUAAUGGCAACAACCAUGGUUGUACUGGUAGCAACGAGAUUUCGAACGUUGAACGACACAUUCAGAAUGUACUUCCCAACAACGCCAUCUUGCGGAGGAUUUCUAUCGACUACGAGCCACACGGAAACCGUCAUUUGCAACGAAAAAGAACAGCUGGCCGUGCUGAAGCAGAUCAAAAUAUUGCACGACAAGCUCAAUGACGUGGUCGAACUGGUCAAUUACUGCUUUUCGGUGCAGAUAACAUUUUGCGUUGGCCUGUGCUUCGUCAUUGGAGUCGUGUGCUCGUUUGGUCUGUUCCGUGCCUUCAUCUACCGCAACGAAUUGUUCUACAUGGGGGUCCUGAACUUCGUCUGGUACAUGUAUUACCUCUUUUUUGUGCUUUUCUUCAUAGCCGUGGGCAGCAAGAUUACCCGGGAGGGUAAACGCAUCGGAGUGUUGGUUCAUAAAGCCAUCAAUUGUGCAUCGUCAAGUGCGGUAAUUAACGAGUUGAACAUCUUUUCCCAGCAGCUGCUACACCGAAGCCCGGUAAUCACCUGUGGUUUGUUCGUCUACGAUUGGACUUUGCUCUAUACGAUGAUUGGCGCAACGGCCACCUAUCUAAUAAUUUUGAUCCAAUUUGACGUAUCGUUCCCCAACCUGGUUAACGUAAACGGCACACAAACGGCUGCAUCGGGAGUUUAAGCUGAUCGAAAUGCGAUUUGAAUGAUGAUGAUUGUCUUCGAGGACUUUUGCCAGGACCAAUUUGACUAAUUUCGUAACCACAAUCACCAGUGACUGAGGGAAGUGAAUGUUCAAAUACUGUGUAUUGUAAUACUUAUAAGCUAAAAUAGUAGCCACGAACCUGAGUAAUGUUCAUGUUCUGUGGUUGAUGAUGAUGUUCAACAUUGUGGCCUCACGGCAUAAACUGAAGUGUUUAUAAAUACAGAAUGCAUAACGAACUAUAA